GCAGAUGAAGUAAACUCGGACUUUCAAACACGGAGACGGAGCGAGGACGCGUUUGGAGUUUGUUGUGGCUGCUCUACGGAAUUUAUCAAUGAACUUUACUCGUUUGGUUUCACAGACAGAGGAGUUAUUUUCUCCACACAUCUGGUCUUUGGGAAGUUUAAAGGAAGUUUCAAAUUCGAUCUGCUUUUUCUGUCCAAGGGAAAAGGUGAGAUUUUGUGACUUUUUAUUUGAAUGAGGGAAACACAGCAGGGUUUCAGCUGGAUUUGCUUUGAGCUCGAGUUUGCAGCAUGAGUGAAAGCUGCAGAGUUUAACCAGUUGUUCCAGCCUGACAGGAGCUGCGCGCAGGUAAAGCGCACGUCCAAAGCCGCGCCGCCCUGGCUCUGUACAACAUGGCCGGUGUCAGCAACAUGAAAACCCUGGAGGACCUGACUCUGGACUCGGGGUACGGCGCAGGAGACUCCUGUAAGUCCCUCAGCCUGUCCUCCUCCAAGUCCAACUCCCAAGCCUUCAUGACGGCUCCGCACCGGGGCAACUGGUGGUACUACUCCGGCUCCAUGAACAGCAGGAACAACAGCUGGGACACGGUCAACACGGUCCUGCCCGAGGACCCAGAGGACAUCUUCUCCAAGUGUCCGCGGUUACCAGAGCUGGAGGAGUUCCCCUGGACUGAGGAGGAAGUCGCAAAGAUCCUGCGCAGAGUGGCCGGCGGUUUCUCCAAAGGGGGAGUUUCUGCUGUUUUCUCCCCCGAGGCCGUGAGGAAACUGUCCGGGCUCCUCCGCAGGGCGCUCAUCCGCAUCUCCAGAGAAGCGCAGCGCCUGAGCGUCAUGCACUGCCGCUGCACGCGCUUCGAGGUGCAGAGUGGGAUCAGACUCAUCCUGAGCUGGGCCCUGGCUGACCACUGCGUGUCCGCCACAGUCAGAGCCAUCUCCAUGUACUGCAUGAGCGCGGGGGAGCUGCUGAGGAAGGGCAAGUCCGCGCGCUGCGGCCUGAGUCUGUCCGUGGGCCGCUUCUUCCGCUGGAUGGUGGACACGCGCAUCUCCGUGCGCAUCCACGAGCACGCGGCGAUCUGCCUGACCGCGUGCGUGGAGGCUCUGGUGGAGGAGAUCGGCGCGCGGGUCCUGAUGGCAGAGAGGGGUCACGCGGGUCCGGAGGCUGGGUCAGGCGCGUGCCCCGUGAGCGCGGAGAGUCUGGAGGGGCUCGUGAACAAUGACGCAGAGCUGUGGGGCGUCCUGCAGCAGCACGAGCACCUGAUCUGCGGCAAGAACGCCAGCGGUGUUUUGUCCCUGCCGGCGCACUUCAGCCCGUACACGGAGAACCAGCAGACGUCCGUGGACAGCAGGGAGGACGCCUAUGCCCAGCUCGAGCUUCGGACCUUGGAACAGUCCCUCCUGGCGACGUGUGUGGGCAGCAUCUCCGAACUCAGUGACUUGGUUUCCCGAGCGAUGCACCACAUGCAGAGGCUGAGCUCCGUCCGUGCGGGGCAGAGUCCGUCCCGUCACGCCCGCCCUCAGCAGCCCGUGUCCUGGUCGCCGGACGCCCUCCACACCCUCUACUACUUCCUGCGCUGCCCACAAAUGGAGUCCAUGGAGAAUCCCAACUUGGAUCCCCCACGAAUGGCGCUCAGCAAAGAGAGGCCGUUCCUCUUGCUGCCCCCGCUGAUGGAGUGGAUCCGCGUGGCCAUCGUUCACGCCGAGCACCGGAAAAGCCUGUUGGUGGACAGCGAUGACGUGAGGCAGACGGCCAGACUGCUGCUUCCCGGACUGGACUGCGAGCCAAGACAACUCAAGCCGGAGUGUUGUUUCAGCUCCUUCAAGCGUUUGGAUUCAAAAGCCGCCACAGAUAAGUUCCAUCUUGACCUUGGUUUCCGGAUGCUCAACUGCGGGCGGACUGAUCUGAUCGGUCACGCUAUCAAUCUGCUGGGGCCUGAUGGAGUGAACAGCAUGGACGACCAGGGGAUGACUCCGUUAAUGUACGCUUGUGCCGCUGGAGAUGAAGCUCUGGUGCAGAUGUUGCUUGAUGCCGGUGCUAACCCUGACGUCCCUGUUCCUCCAUGUUCACCCAAACACCCCUGUGUGCACCCAGACAGUCGGCACUGGGCGGCUCUCACUUUCGCAGUACUACACGGCCACAUCUCCGUCGUACAGCUUUUGUUAGACGCCGGGGCCAACGUGGAGGGGGCAGCAGUGAGGAACGGACAAGAGAACAUGGCGGAGACUCCACUACAAUUAGCCUCGGCAGCAGGAAACUACGAGAUGGUGAGCUUACUUCUUGCCCGAGGCGCUGAUCCUUUGUCCAAGACUCAUGAUGGAAACGCUCUUACAUCAUCUCUGUUUGAAGACAUGAACUGCUUCAGUCACGCCGCGGCACACGGACACAGAAACGUGCUAAGGAAGCUCCUGACUCAACCGCAGCAGGUCAAAGAGGACGUCCUGUCUCUGGAGGAGAUUCUCGCCGAGGGGGUGGAGGAGGUCGGGAUGUGCCCCUUUCUGCCCCUGUCCCCCCUGCAGACCCCCCCCUCCUCUGGACCCGGCCCGCUGCCAGAGGUCGGCGUGCCCAAGCUCUGCAAGGCCCGAAUGAAGGCGCUGCAAGAGGCCAGCUACUACAGCGCCGAGCACGGGUACCUGGAUGUCACCAUGGAGCUGCGAGCUAUGGGGGUGCCAUGGAAACUGCAUGUGUGGCUGGAGUCUCUGCGCUGUGCCCAGCAGCAGUCGCGCGCCGGGGUCACUCUGUCCCUUCUCCGAGAGUUUACCACAAUCAAAGAGGAGGAUUACUGUGAGGAGCUGGUCACUGUGGGCCUGCCCCUCAUGUUCAACAUCUUACGCACCACCAAAAAUGAUGCGAUUAUCCAACAGUUGGCUUCUAUCUUUAGUCACUGCUACGGCCCUGCUCCUCUCCCGUCUAUCCCUGAAAUGAAGGCAACGCUCUCGGCGCAGCUAGAUCCACUUUUCCUGAACAACCCAGACAUGUCCGACGUGACGUUUAUCGUUGAAGGGAAACCAUUUUACGGCCACAAAGUCCUUUUAAUCACAGCCUCUGAAAGAUUCAGGUCUCUGCUUGCACCGACGAGCUCCGAUGGAAGUCCCAGUAAAGAAAUAAAUAUCGCUGACGUCAAGUACAACACGUUCCAGAUGAUGAUGUCAUACUUGUACUGCGGAGGAACAGAAUCUCUCAAAACCAAUGUUCCUGACUUGUUGGAGUUGCUUUCAGCUGCUUGUCUGUUCAAGUUGGGGACACUACAAAGACAUUGUGAAGUGAUUUGCUCAAAACACAUUCAUCUGGAUAAUGCAGUCAACAUCUACAAAACUGCUAAAGCCCACGGUUUAUCGGAGCUGAGUUCUUUCUGCGAGGGCUUCUUCUUACAACAGAUGCCCGCCAUGUUGGAGAAAGACGGCUUCAAGAGUCUGCUCCUGGGACCUCGACAGCCGAACAACUCCUCUUCCUCUCAGGCCCAGACCCACAGAGCCGACUGUCCCCUGGAAGAAAUGGAGAGCACCUUAGCUCAGCGACUUCACCUGCUUUACGUCACCUCCAGAGUGUGAGGGGGGAUUAUCUUAAAAUAUCGUGUUGUUUCUUUAACGUGGGACUGUUCAGGUUGCACAAAAACCACGGACUGUUUUGUAUCGACGCGUUUCAGAGGAUAAAGAGGACACGGACAAGUCGGACAGGGAAGAUGUACAGUAUGAACCUGGUUUGAACUGAUGGAAGCUGCAAGGAACUGUAAUGCGCUUCUGCCCUCUACUGGACAAAACACAUACUUGCGCUGGAAAACGAGAAGAAACGGACACAGAAAUCAUUGCUCUGGACUGGAGAACUGUCUAUAGAUGUAACUAAUGAAGCUAUGGAGCCAUGCUGGACUUUUGGCUGUGACGUAAUGAACCUAAUGAAGCUGAUUUUGGGAGGACCCUGGACUGAAAGUGUAUUUAUGUACGUCUCUGUUUGUAUUUGAAUAAGUAUUACAGUACAUUCAAAACAAAACACGGACAUUUUAUAUUUAAAGAGAGGAAAUGUGAGAAUAUUUAACAGGGACGUCCCUUUUUAUUUUGUUUUUAUGCUAAGCUAAAUAAUAUCUUUUAAAAUGUGGUCAAAGAGUUGCUUUUGUGUCGUUGCCAGGUUGUUCUUUUGUAAAGCUUUUCAGAGAUUGUAUUCAGUGUUUUCUACAAUAUAACAGUCGCUCACUUUCAUUUGAUAUUGGACUACUAACUGCCAGUAAUGCUCCACAAGCCUGUAAUAAACCUGGUAAACACACCUCGUUGUUGUUCUUUACUGUA